AGGAGAUAGACGGGGAAGAAACAGAGCUGUAACGGCAUCUCGCUACCGGCGCUGCCAGUCGAUUAGUCGGAGGGAGCAGAUAUAUUGGAGCUGAAAAAGAAGGAAGCAUAUUGGUAAUUCUUUCAUCGAACGCCACAGAGAUCGGAGUCUUGCUCCGUCUGCCUUCACCUGCCGCCGCCUGAAUUCCACCACCUCGGUUUCGGCUGCUGGUGUGGCGCCCAGGGCUUUGGCUUAUCGACAGGGCGAAUAGAAAGAGUAGGAAAAAUAGAGACCUUUGGAACGAUUGAAGUAGUUGAAUUGGACACUUGCUGCACGUCCACUCGCGAUCGAAUUAGCAGGUGAUAGGCGGAGCCUUGCUCGGAAAAAUCAGUAAAUGGGUCAAGCAGCAAAGAGAGGGGAGUAGAAGCUCUCAGGGGUUUGUUCGUGUCUUCCUCAAUCCACCUUCUCACUAUUCGGUUUGACUUUCAGGUUCCUGUGGUGACUCUCGACUAAAGCUUCGGCGAGUUUAUCAAGUUGAUGGAGUUUGGGGUUGAUGAUGAUGAUGUCAAUGGAGAUAUAGAAAGAAAUAUUGAACUAGAUGAUGAUAGUCAAGAAGUAGGUGAUCAAAGUGAAAUUGGUGUUAACAACAUUAUAAAUGGGGAAUUUCAGCAGGACCAGUGCAAGAAAUUGGAUCAAGAGUCUCCUGAUGAGCUCCAAGAUGGAUUUGCAGUUUCAGAUGCAGAUACUGCUGAUGAGCCAUAUGUGGGACAGGAAUUCGACUCUGAAGCAGCUGCACAUGCAUUUUAUAAUUCUUAUGCAACACAAGUGGGAUUCAUCAUCCGAGUGAGCAAGCUGUCUCGCUCUAGGAGGGAUGGUUCUGCCAUUGGUCGGGCGCUUGUUUGUAAUAAAGAGGGUUUUAGAAUGCCAGACAAGCGAGAAAAAAUUGUUAGACAGAGAGUGGAGACUAGGGUUGGUUGCAGGGCGAUGAUGUUGGUAAGGAGAGUAAAUUCUGGCAAGUGGAUGGUUACGAAGUUUGUGAAGGAGCAUACUCAUCCAUUGACGCCUGGCAGGGGCCGAAGAGAUUGCAUUUACGAUCAGUAUCCGAAUGAACAUGAUAAAAUCCAGGAGUUGUCCCAGCAGUUGGCCGUGGAGAAGAAAAGAGCCGCGACCUACAAAAGACAUCUGGAACUGAUUUUCGAACAGAUCGAAGAGCACAACGAGUGUCUAUCAAACAAAAUCCGGCAUAUAGUGGACAGUGUGCGGGAUAUGGAGGGUGAGGGUCAGCAGAAGUAGUAGGUUUUAGUUUAUUAGUAGGACAAAUUUCUGCCUCUUUUUUCUUUUUUUAUGGCCCGGCAUGUAUAGUUUUCUUUCUUAGUUGGGUUCUUAUUCUUUUGGCUAAUUUCUUGAUUGAAUAAGUUUUUUUUUUUCUUGAAUAAGUAUUUAUUGGGUGCUUGAAGUAGGUAGGAGGAAACAAAUUUAGUCUACAUUUGUUUCUUUUUUCCUUUUCUGAUAGUCCCAAUUUUCCAGAUAGGGGUGAUUAUUGGGCACUCACCUGCUUACGGUU